CCUGCCCGGCGUGCAGUGGGCACCUAGGUGGUUUGUGGUGUGUAUCAGAAUUCUUUGUGACAUUUGCUAGUGUAACGAAAGAGAGAGAAGGAGAGAAAGGAAGGAAGCCAGAAAGAAAAUUCGGUGUAUUUUUUUUGUUAAUUUUUAGUUUGAUACCCAUCUUAGUUUUUUUUUACGAGUUGUGUGUGACGGGUGUUACGGGAAAGAACGUAACGCCUCUGCUUCCGCGCCACUCUUCUCCCUCUCAGGUGGCGGCUCAGUGCCUCGACGCGUUACCAGAACGUCACAGUCUCAGAUAAAGUCUAUCUUUCUGUGGUACGAACGUGAGAACCCCGGAGCGUCGCACAGGAAUCUGCGACUUGUUAUCUCCUUGUAUGUGUUGCGUGUUGUGUCGGCCAGUGUUAGAAGCCACGGCCGGCCCUUGCGACCCGCGACUCCGCCGAGAGUGAGACCCCGCGCCCUUUGCCCUCGCCAUGAGCAUCAGGAGGGUCCGGGGCUCCUUCAGGAGUUCCCAGCGGCGCUAUGGGUCCACGGAGGGCGCCAAGAAGAUGCGAAGCUCCUCGUGGAUCUUCAAGAACGACGAGUGGCGCCUUGUUUACGAUGAUGGUGACGAGGUGACACUCAUGUACGCCAAACAUGAGAAAGUGCCCAUGAAGGACUUCGGGUCGGAGGUGCGCGCCUCCAUGGACAUCGCGCACUUCCUGGCCCAGGCGACGCUUGUGCUCGACGUGGUGGAGACGUCCCUCGAGGGCAUCACCGACCUCCUCCUCACAAAGCUGCUCGAGAAGGACGAGCCUUUGUGCUCCGUGGCCGAGGCCAAGUCCAUUCUCUUCACCCACGACACCUGUAAGUACCCACUCACCUGUAUGUGCGUUGCUUUGCCUGCAAUGCUCCUCUUUGCACUUGCGAAAUAA